CAACCGUCUCCGUGAAAUAAGUGAACCUGCUGCUGAGAUUAACUAAAUUAUUUCAAUAUUUAUUUUAAAUACUUCAAAACAGAGCGCAGAUUGCAUACUUCGGACAAAGGGACUGACACAAAUUUCCUGAGGCGGGAAAUUUAAAACACAAAUGGGACAGAAACAUGUCAUCUAUAGAUAUCUGAUGAAAACUUCACAAUAAUCAAUAAUGUUGACUUCAUCUUUACGGUACGACUAUUAUAUAUACAGUGACAAUUAACUGCUGAACCUGUUCACUGUUAAUACCAUCAACUGUUGAUUCAUGUAAAAGGUUGACAUGACUGAAGCCUCUUCAGAAAAUCAUUUUGGAGUGUCUUAUUACUUCUGUAAGAGUGGCAAUGGACUCGUGUGUGUCUGUGACCAAUAACACACACUUAAAUGAUUCUUCGUCCAGUUCUGAUGCUGCAGAUGUGUUGAUUCGCUCAACCAGAGCUGCUUUUAAUCACAGCAGAGUAGAAACCCAUUAUAAAAGCUACAAUAAAGUUCACAUUAACAUCAGGAAACUUUCAGACUCUGCGAAUGUAUCUUCUGGGAAUGAUGGAUGUACAGAGGAGAACCCACUUGUCCUGCCUGUGAAUCUUCCAGCUUCAGAUAGAGGGGCUGAGGGACAACAGACUGGUGGAUCAUCAAAUCAAGUUGCUGACCUUAUAGAGAAAAGCCAAAUAGCUGUCAUGCAGGCAGAGAAGAACUCAGAAUCAAAAGGUGAAGACGUUGAAAUUUCUAGAUACUCUACUGAUGGCAGAGGUGCAGUUUCGGCAGCCCUGAAGAAGAGAUACCAGAGCGCCCCUUUAAGACGAAACGUGACUGUACAAGUGUUGGAUCAAAACAGACCUCAAACCAACAAAGGCCAGCCAGAUCCUGGUAUUCCGCCUGGAGUUUCUGGGACUUCGGAAAAUGUGGCUGCAAUAACAGCAGCUACUGUUGCUGCCACAUUCCCCCUGAUAAAGGCUCAGAGUGAGAUGGAAGCACAGAUCUCUCGGGUAACAGUCGAACUGAAGCGGCUGCAGGCCGCAGAGGCCAGUGUCAAGCAUGGCAGUGCAGGCAGUACUGUGGACUGUUCUGCAGAAAGAGUGGCCCAUCUGGAAGAGCAGCUGAACGUUCUUAUACAGCAAAGAUUGCAACACCUGGAGACGAUCCAAUGUCAGCAGAUCCAACUGCAGAAUCGUCUUUUGGGAUCUGCUUUGGAUGUUGUAACCGCUCGUGCAAAUGCAGACACACAAACUAACCAGCGCACAAGCUCUGUAAUCCACCAGACAGGCUCUUUGACUACCACUGAUAAAACCUCUCCUGAAAGUUCAGCAUCAGUCUCAAAGGAUGUACACAGAGAAAGCCAAACAGGUGGUCAUAAAAGUCCCCUGGAGACUCCUGCUCCUCGAAAGGUCAUUCCUAAACCCACGUAUUGGACAUCAUCAACCAAAAACAUAAAAUCCCAGAAAACCUCCUUCAAAAGCCAAGGAAAUGGCAGACUUCAGGACCAGACCACUAAUAACCAGAGAUCUCCCGAGAGAUGUUCCAUGCAAUCUUAUGGGGUAAAGAGGUUUGCCAUAGCAACAGCUGAAAACGGCCAACCAGAGCAGUCCAGGCACAGGCAGAUAUCACCUAGAGCAUCCUUUACUCCUACUAGAAGUGGUGAACCUGAAGAACCAGCAUUUAUGAAGCCACACAGCCAACAGGAGAACAAGGGAGAACAGAUAUAUUCCCCAUCGUCCAGUUCAGCAGUUCAUAGAGCCAAUGAGAUGCUGCAGGAUCUAGGGCGACUCAAAGAUGAGAUGAGGACUUUACUGCAGACCGCUGAUGCGUUUCCUGUUCAGAAUGCCAAGUCGACCCAGAACAGCAGGAGCAGCUAUCUCGCCCCCUCCACCACUGCCCCACCUCCUUUCACGACCCCCAUCUCCAUGCCCGCAGAGACGGUUGACCCGGUUGCCGUCAGGGCUGUUCCUUUAAACAGACCGAGCAUUCUGAAGAGCAUCCAGUCGCCCACAUCCAUGUUCGAGGAUGCAGGACUGGUCCUGAGGCAGGUCAGACAGAGCAGGAAGGUUUUAGAAGAAAACCUGGAGGCUGUUGUGAGAGCCGAAGAUGGAGAAGUGCUUCAUAGCCAGUUAGAGGCACUGUCGAAAAACAGAGAUGUCAGUGAGGAAGUGAGGAUAAAGAAAACAGUUGAUGCCUGGAUCAAUACACUGAGCAAGGAGAUUCAGGAUGAGCUAGCAAGGGAGAGUUCUGUUUCAGAGAAGAAGAUUGUGGAGAGGAGUGAUGUUGCUGUCUCUAAAGUGGUGCAUGAGGGCCAGGGGAGCAGGAGUGGGCACAGCGUUGGUCCGAGAGGGGGAGGAAGAGGAGGAGGAGGAAGAGGGGGAGGCAAUAGCUCUGCGGCAGGGAGAAAAACCUCUGUGAGAGGCUCUGUAAGAGCACAGGCAGAGAACACACUACCACAUGGCAAACAACACACUCUGUCUGUCAGAACCAAACCUGAACCGAGCCAAGAGACGUCUGAGCCAGUGGUGCUGAAAUCUCAGGUUGAUCAGGAGUAUCUGGCCAAGCUGUAUGGUAAAGCUCUUUAUGAGGGGCAUCGCCGAACACUGAAGAAAGGCCCUUACCUUCGAUUCAACUCCCCCUCGCCAAAAUCCAAAACCCAACGUCCCAAAGUUAUAGAGACUGUCAAAGGGGUUAAGAUGAAGUCUUCUAAAACCCAGACUAGUCAGUUUGUGGAUGGUGAGCCCCAUUUCCUGUUUAGACCCAGUGACCCAAACCAGCAACAGCAGCCUGGUUCCCCAGUGCGGUGCUACCUCGUUCCCAUGGCUAUACCUUUAGGCAAGCCCAGAGUUGACGGUCAGGCCCCGUUGCCAUCACGGGUCAUCAUUAACAACAAAGCCCCAACUGUAACAACCUCCUUCCCUCCUAUAACCAUCUCCGAACCCAAACCAGCUUCUGCAAUUCAGAAGCCCAACACCAUCUUACUGGAGGUCAAGUCAGAAUCGAAGAAACGAACCCCACAGCUUGAAAUACAGGUCCAGCCGGGUGUGAACAUUGAGAGCGCUCUUUGCAGCCGACUCGCUUCGUCACUGCCAUCGAUUCCAGCUGAUACUAUCAUUCCUCCUCCCACAAUUUAUGCUGCUGAGGAUCCACAUGCUUAUGACGAUCAGGAUGAAAAUGACUUUCCUGGAACCAAUUUCUUGGCGGUAGCCGACAUAAGCCAGGAAACACACAUCGGAGUUCCAGACUCUCCUAUUGAGCUGAACGGGCUGCCCUCCCCUCCAGCUGCUCUGUAUCAUGGUCCAGCAUUUCCUCCACAGCCUUCCCAGUCCACACCGCUCACAGAGCCCAUCCUGAACAACAUCCAGCAGAGAGAGACCCUAGAGAAUAGGCUGGUGGAUUGGGUGGAGCAACAGCUCAUGGCCAGAAUGAUCACUGGAAUGUUCCCUCAGCCUACCCAGGCAGACCCGGCCAGCCAAUCAGAGCCAGAUGAAAGUGAGACAUCAGACAUUGUGGAGGCCGCAGGUGGAGGUGGUCUGCAGUUGUUUGUGGACACAGGGGUACCAGUGGACUCUGAGCUCAUAAGACAGUGUGUGAAUGAGGUACUGGCUGAAACUAUUGCUGUGAUGCUGGGACAGAGAGAGACACAGAGAGUGCCCACUGCCAUUGCCCAAACAAAAGAAAAUCACACUCAGGAGGAGGUAACUACGGUACCGACACCAAUUCCGACUCCUGAGCCCAGCGUAAAUGAGCCAACGUCUCCUGUCAGAACCCCUGAUCUCUCUGAGCAUCUUUCUACGGCUCUAUCUGCCAAAGAAAACCAACAUCAGCAAUCUGCUUCACCAGGUCCAGUUAAAAUUCCUGUGGACACACCAGCUACUACACCAAUCCCAUCUCCCACCAGAGUGGUCACACCCUCUCGUCCUCCAGCCAAUCAGAGUCCAGACUCAACCAGCCUGCAGAACCACCCCUGGGCAGGAACAGAGCUACCCCUAAAGGAGGAAGGUCCACAUAGCGAGAGAGAAGAGCAGCAGUCACCGUUAAUUGUGAUGUCAGUUGCCCGAGAGGACGAGGAGGAAGAAUCAGCCAUACCUCCAUUCUCCCCGCUCAACUCCAAACUACAGACACCUCCACCACCACUUCUUCCAGCUCCUGUAAGCCAGGAACCUCCACUCCCUCCUGCUGCUGCUUUCUCUGAAUCUACCUCAACUGAGGAGAGCAACUCCAGCUCCAGUGUGACUGUCACAGAGACAGCAGCCAGACACAUCUCAGAGGGAGAGCUGCUGCUCACUCACAGCCAGAUGGCAGUGGUUAGAGUUCUGGAAGAAGAGGGAGUUAUUCUUCCUAAUUUGUUGACCAGCCUGAACAGUUCUCUACUUGGAGUCCAGGACAUGGACUACGACCCGCCCAGUGAGGGUCAGGUGAUCAGAGCUCCACUCCUCCCUGCCCAUCAUGACCCUGUCCUGUCUCUGUUGGCCAGGAUGGAACAUGGCACUGUGAGCCGAUCACAGCAGCCAGAGAGAUGGUGGGAGGAGGAGAGCAGUGGGGAGAUCAGUGAAGGUCAGAGACCACCCCUGUCUGCUGCAGAGGAGAGUGUGCUGACGGGACACUCUCUCAUAGACCAGCAGAGAUACACACAGAACAGAAACAAAGAUCUCUCACCCCACGCAACACUUACAUCACCUGGACAGGUGCUCACUGAACACACAGGUCAACCAGGUGUUGUGGUUCAAGACAGUGGGCUGCCAGAGGCUGAAGAUUAUCAUGAACUUACUGUCUCCUCCCCUCAGCCAGUGGAUACGGCACAUCAGCAGAGCACAGAGACUACACAGGUGGUGCACAGACCUGCACCAAUCCUGGUGAGGCAGUACCAAGACAAAGAGGAACCAGAUUUUCCUCAGCAGAGAAGACUUUCAAAUGACCCAUUUUUUGAGGACAACGUAACAGAUAUUUUUCUACACUCAGAAGGGCGAGGAAGUGAUGUCAGAGUGAUGUCAGUGAGACUGCCGUCUGUCAAUCAAGAACAUGAGUCUGCGAGUGUCAGCUCUGUUGAAGGAGAUCCAGACUCUUCAGCUAAUGAUGUGUUUUAAACCGAUGGCCCCUCUUUGUCUGGAAACCGCUAAGUGCCUGAGAAGAUGGAAAUAUACUUGGCCUUAAUUAUUUAUUCACAUUAUAGAUGCUUAAAAUUGGAUGACAGUUAGUGCAAGAGCUACUGUAUAAACUUUUUUUUUCUUUUAUCACUGUUACGGAACUGUAUAUGUUGUUGUCUUUUGGGUGUCUUUAAUAGUGUUGUUUUUCUACAAAUAAAUGUUUAAAAUCUUUUCAGUGAAUGGUUUUAAAAAGCCACCUGUUACUCUGAUUUAUAAUUAAUUUUUGCCUAAACUCAAUGCCAUUUUAAUUUUAAGUUUAUUACAAAUGAAAUGUAUCA